AUACGUCGUAAUUUAAGCAAGACCUACCUCAGUCCGUGGGUGAUCACUACAUGUACACUACGUGUAUCCAAGAUGCAGACUCUUACCAUGCUGACUGGUCUAUGCUAAGAACACGCAGGUGAAGAAACUGACAUUGGGUCACAGUGCUUUCGGAUACAAGUUGUUACAGACACAAAUCAAAGCCACCGUGUGCAUUAACAGACGCAGCGUGCGGGAUGAGGGGAGGUCAAACAUGGCUGUUACUACUAAUGGUGCUGGUUGACCGUUGUCAAGCCGUUCCUCCAGUCAUCUCCGGGUUUCCUUCAGUCUACCGAGUUAUAGCAGGUGACGAAGUGGGCAUUGACUGCAGCACCUACACAACCGACGGUGUACCGCCGACCACCACGUACAGCUGGCGGAGCGGCGCCUACCGCCAAGAUGGUCCUGUUCUGGGGCGGGUUGUUCAAAGGGGUAUGGACAGUGAAACCUACAACUGUACAGCAUCCAACACCCAAGGAGAGGCCACAGCGUCUGUGUUCGUUGAUAUACUAUACGGACCAUGGCCCCCUCCACGUGGAUCUUCAGAGAGAAUGAUGGAAUUUUCGAACUUUGGAGAAGAUGGAAGGGGUGGAUUCACCCCAGGGAACCCCAACGUUACAUCCUUUGUGUGGACAGGGCCUCAGAAUUUCACAUCAAACGGUUCUAUACUGUACAUCCAGAACAUUACCAGAUCUCAGCGAGGGACUUAUACCUUGACCGCCUCCAACUUUCUACAGCCAACAAACAAACCUCCAGUGUGGGCUGAAACGUAUUAUUAUGUCCAUCUUGACGUGUACUACCCUCCAAACAUAUCCGGCCUACAAAGAAGCAUCUUGUUGGAGAAUGUCCUAAACCUGAAUUGUAGUAACUACACAACGCCAGGCAACCCAGAUUUCGAGAACACGUUCAUGUGGAGUGAUGAGGAUGGCAACAACAUCACCGGCCCAAUUCUGACCCUCAACUCCUCUUUUAUUGGGACUAGGACCAAACUCCGCUACACCUGUUACGUCAGCAACUUAAUUGGGAGCGACACAGCCUACGUUGAUGUGAUUCUGGUUUAUUCCAUCUGAGGUAAGUAGGUCACCGUCACUAACACUGCCGGAAUGAAGUCAAGAUGGACUUCGCGGACUAAGCAAUGGAAAACAAAAAGAUCGCAGAUCUUGCGAGUUAUGACGGUAGGUCCAUUUUUUCUUUAUCUUAGCUUUCAUAGUACAAUUUCUUAACAAAUGAUUUUGUUGAUUUCUCUUGGUGUGUAUAAAACAUCUAUCUAUAUGAAAGCAUAGUUGAAACUUCUAUAUGCAGAUGCUUUGUCAGUUUUUGUCAGUGAAAAUAUUUCAUGAAGAAUGUUCCUUGUUGCUUUUGGCCUCUAUGUUAUUGCUACUUGUAUAUUCAACCUGUUGCGGUAGUUAUAGUUACACUAAAGGCUUUAGUUGCAGGCAGCUCUUCUGCAUGUUAUCUGCUUGAUUCCACUAAGCAUAGUAAACAUCUAAUCGUCAGGUGGAUGAAAUCUUUAUUCAUUUUACGUUCGAUGUGCUUAACCUAUAGCUUAUAAAAAUGUCAAAUAUUGGCACACAUCGUAAUAUAAAAUUUUGAAAAAUAUCUAUUUCAUAUUCUUUAACAUUUCAGAUACAACUCAGAGGAAUCCUAACAAUGCAGCAUUCGGAAAACGAUCUGAUGAGAAAUCAAGCGCCAAAAGCAUUCAUUU